AUGACGGGGGCGCGCUCAGGGGCGCCCUUGGAAUUCCAAAGGUGGGGGGGGGGAUGGGGGUGGGAUGAGCCGGGCUGGUUCCCAGCGGGAUAUAAAGCCGGGCUGGGGCGCUGGGAAGCGCAGGGAAUUCCCGGGAUGCGCUCCCAGAUCCUUUUCCUGCUGCCGGCGCUGCUCUGCCCCGCGGCCGCGGCGCCUCCCUGGGAUGCGGCGUGGAGCGAUCCCGGCGCCCGGGGCUGGCGGGAGGAGCGGCCCGGGCAUUCCCGGGCGCUGCUCCCGGUGGAAGUGCAGUGCCAGGAGGCGCAGCUGGUGGUGACGGUGCACCGGGACCUGUUCGGCACCGGCCGCCUGGUCAGCGCCGCCGAGCUCAGCCUGGGCCCCGCCGCCUGCCGGCAUUCCCGCAUGGAUCCCUCCCAAAAAACCGUCACCUUCAGCGCCGGCCUGCACGAGUGCGGCAGCACCGUCCAGGUGAGCAUUCCCAACGGGAUUCCCACCGGGAGCGGCUCCCGGGGUCCGUGCAAAUCCCUGGUUUUGGGGGAGGUGCAGGUGAGUCCCGUUCCCAUCCCGGGAUUCCGCUCCUGUCCCGGAAUUCCCACCGGGAGAGGCUCCCGGGGUUGUCCGGAUCCCAGAUUUAUGGGAGAUCCAGGUGAGUCUUGUCCUGAUCCCGGCAUUCCCACCGGGAGCGGCUCCCAGGGGUCCGUGCAAAUCCCAGGUUUUGAGAGACACCCAG